UAUAUGUUUGUGAAGAAUCCGUCCAAAUGACAUGGGUGAUUCAGUAAUAGUAAAGUUCUUUAUUUCACCUCUAAUAUGAUUCCAUUAAAAUAUCGCACGUAUCGGUCAUGGUGAUUGCCUCCGGGUUUCUUUUAUGCAUACAAUGAUUACUGGCUAUUUUGUCUCUAAUGAAUGGAUAUAUCUGAAAUCGAAUUACUGAAUCAAAAUGGCAAAAAGAAUUGUGGGAAUUAGCAUCGGUACGAACUAUACUACAUAUGCAUGGAAUAACGGUUCAUUGAUAGACCCAGCGUUUGUUUGUGGACAGUGGUGUAGUCCCUCCUCGGGACACAUGUCAGUGGAAACGCCGACUGUGGCAGUGUGUAAUCUUCGUAAGGAAUUGAAGGCAUUUGGAUUUAAAGCAGAAGAACUUGUACAGGAAGCUAAUAGCAAAGACUUGCUGGUGUUUUCUGACUUCAUACAUGGACUCUUUUGUAAUGGAACAAAAGUCCCUGUUACAGUAACAGCAGAAAAUGGCGUCAGAGUAGCAUCAGGGGACUUGAUGUCUAAAAUAAUUUCCUACUUAUGGAAAACAGUUUCACCCCACGAAAAAUCGGGAAUAAUGUGUGUCUUAACAGUACCAACAGGUUCAACUGAGGAUGCCUACAGCUUUCUACUAAAUUCUGCUAAAAAUGCGGGAUUAAAUGAAGUCAUUAUCAUCCCAGAAGCUGCGUCUGUCUUUUAUUACUGCAGAGAAUACAAUCGUUUGUUUAAAUCUAUUUCCGGCAGAGACGUGGAUAUGUUUUCUAAAGGCAAACAGAGCGUUGUAUUAGACUGUGAAGAUGAUAACAUCAGUAUUUCCAUUUUGGAGGCUGGAAAAAAUGAUUCCAUCAAAAUUCUUUACCAUACUUUCUCAAACGAGCAUGGCUUAUGUCAGGUACAACAGGACUUUGAGGAUAUGAUGAAUCAGAUCGUUGGAGAGUCGGUCUUUGACGAUUUCUAUAUGAACCAUCGUUCAGAGUAUAUUGGGAUAGUGCAUGACCUACGUCGAAAAAUGACAAUGAACUCUAAGGAAGAAAAACCAGUGAACAUUCAAAUCCCUGCAUCUCUAAUUGUUGCCUUUGAAGAGACCACGGGAAACAAUUUGAAUCAGGCUCUACUAAAAACAAAAUUCGCAAACAAAAUUUCCUUCUUUGGCAGUAAAUGUAGAAUCAUGCCAGAGAUUUUUCAAAGUUUGUUUUCAGAAGCUGGUACAAAUAUGGUUCAACUUGUAAGCCAAGCUAUGACAGAGUCAGGGCUGCUAAACAUUGCUAACAUCAUACUCGUUGGAUUGUUUUCAAAAUCGGCCAUAUUUCAAGACAUCAUAAAGAAAUCGUUUCCCACACAUCACGUAAUUAUUCCUGAAGAUGGAAAUUUAGUUGUGGUAAAAGGAGCUGCAAUCUUUGGUCAAAAACCGGUGACAGUCGAUAGGAUCGACGAAGUGACAAAAAGUAGUCCUGCACAAGUGGCAAUGUCCUCAACUGAUGAGGUAGAACAUAAUAUUGAACACCAUUUGAAGAUAAAAGAAGUUAGUCCAGAAACAAUCGUGUCUGAAAAGGCAGUACCUAUACAAAGAAAGCCCACAAAGACCUGUGUGUUGUUAUGAAGAUACAGAAUAGAGCAUAUCGCAUUUAUUUUUAAUUUGAAACUGUGAAAGAUUAUACAUGCACAUAGUUUGAGCCUAUUUUGUCCCAUGAAAAAUUAACAGCAUUGAUGUGAAAUAUAGUCAUGAAAUUUGAAAAUAGCUUCUUUACAUUUUAAUAGUUGCUAUUUUAAUGUCCUUUGCAAUGUGACAUAAGAAAUGAAGCGCUUGAUCAUCUGCUGUUUUUCAUUGAUCAAAAUGAUUUUGAAUGGAUGUUUUAUUUAGAAGAUGUAAUUUGGUGAAAAUAAAUGUUUCUCGACAUGAUGUAUUUUCAAAAAUAAAUGUGUGCAUAU